GUUCACCUCCGACCUGACAAUAUGAAACUGAUCCUGAUCUCCGCUCUCUUCGGCUUCGCCGCCGCGGCGUACGCCCCGCCAGCCUACCCUGAGCAGUCCAACCGCCCCCAAGCUUCCUUCGAGAAGAAUGCCAGAAUCAUCGCUCUGGACUCUGACGUGAAGGAAGAUUCCUUCAGAUACAACUACGAAACUGAGAAUGGAAUCAAGGCUGAGGAACAGGGUCGUGAGGCUGACGGUAUCGAGGCUCAGGGUGGCUUCCAGUACACUGGGGAUGAUGGCCAAGUCUACUCCAUCAGCUACGCUGCCGGUCAGGGCGGUUUCCAACCCCAGGGUGCCCACAUCCCCACUCCUCCUCCAGUACCUGAAGAGAUCCUGAAGGCUCUAGAGCAGAACGCCCGUGAUGAGGCUGCUGGCAUCAUUGAUGAUGGUCAAUACAACCCCGGCAAAUACGGUGACGCUGCCAGCGCUGGUGCCGCCUAUCAACAGCCCCAGUUCGCGAGAGCACAGGCUGGAUACAGACAAACUUACAAAUACUAAACACGACCAUAACAUAUCAGUAUUUAGCUAUAUUACAUUUUAUAAAAACAAAAAAAUAUAAGUAGAGCAAUUUUCGUGUCAUUUGCGUUAAACGCACACUUGAAACACAACGACCUAAUUGGUGUUCGCAUUUCAAAAAAGUGAAGGUCAAACGAGCACACUUGUAACGCAGUGUUGUAAUUCGAAGAUGGAACACGUGCAAAUUGCGAUGACACGAAAUAUGCUCCACUUCAUUUUCAUGAGGC